AACGCUGAAUUUCUAAGGCUGCUAUAUGGGAGCAGUUUAUCCGUGAACUCAGCAUUCUUGAAGCCAUUUUCACUGCGGCUGCUUUGUUUCCUCUCCUUCAGCUGAUCCUCAUUAAACACCUGAACGCCUCACCUGCAGAGACCCUGCGCAUGCGGACACAGAAACAGCUGCUGGUCAGAAAGCGAAAGUGGAAACAGUUCCCUUGAGUCGUGGGCUGAAUCUAACGGUCCAAACUUCAGCAGUCGGUCGGGUCAGUUCAGCUGCUGUUGGGAACUGAGUGCUACGGAUUCUCUGCAGAAAUAUAAAGAAUUACUAGAGAUGGACUGUGAUCCAAACAACCAUCCUCCUUCUCCUGAAAGAUGGGCUUUACACCAGGAGACUCAGAUGAACCUGAGGAUGAAUCCAGAGGAGAACAGAGCAGCCUCUCCGUCACCCAGUGGCGUUUCUAUGAAGACUGACCAAUCCAAACCUUUGUCUGAAGAUUUCACCAAUCAUCCUGUACUCCCAGCUCAAAGAUGGGCUUCACACCAGGAGACUCAGAGGAACCUGAGGAUGAAUCCAGAGGAGAACAGAGCAGCCUCUCCAUCACCCAGUGGCGUUUCUAUGAAGAGUGACAAAUCCAAACCUGUGUCUGUAGAUUUCACCAAUGAUCCUGGACUCCCAGAUCAAAGGAGGAGAAAGAGGAGCAACGUUAGUGAGGAGGAGGAGCCAUCCUGCUGUGCUUUGUGUCAGAAAGUUCUGAUGGAUCUGGUCUCUACCAGCUGUGGACACUGGUUCUGCAGACAGUGCAUCGGGUCCGACAAUGAGCCGUCUGCUCCAUCUGGACUCUCCAGCUGUCCCCAGUGUGGGAAAAGACUGCUGAAACCCAAUCAGAGCAGGUGUUUUCCAGCAGAUGUUGGUCUGCAGGAGCUUCUAGAGGAGCAUAAGAUCAGACUGAGGAACAGAUGUAAAUGUGUGACUGAAGGAAGUGAUGAAACAGGAAGAGGAAUUCUCCUCAACAGCAUCUACACUGAUCUCUACAUCACAGAGGGACAAAGUGAAGAGGUUAAUACCCAACAUGAGGUGAAGCAGCUGGAAAGAGCUUCCAAGAUCCAGAACUUUCAUGACUCUCCAAUCAGGUGCCAUGACAUCUUUAAAGCCUUCCCUGACCAACAUGGAGCCAUCAGAGUGGUUCUGACCAACGGCGUUGCUGGUGUUGGAAAAACCUUCUCAGUGCAGAAGUUCACUCUGGACUGGACAGAGGGCUUGGAGAACCAAGAUGUCAGUGUGGUGGUUCUGCUUUCAUUCAGAGAGUUGAACUUGAUCAGAGAUGAGCAGCAUAGUCUUCUCACGCUGCUCCAUGUUUUCCAUCCAACACUCCAGGAGCUCCCAGCAGAGCAGCUGGCUGCCUGCAAACUUCUCUUCAUCUUUGAUGGCCUGGAUGAAAGCAGGCUUUCUCUGGACUUCAACAACAUUCAGCUGGUUUCUGACGUCACACAGAAGUCGUCAGUCAACGUUCUGCUGACAAACCUCAUCAAGGGGAACCUGCUUCCCUCGGCUCUCAUCUGGAUAACUUCCAGACCUGCAGCAUCCAAUCAGAUCCCUCCUUCAUGUGUUUCCAAGGUAACAGAAGUACGAGGCUUCACCGAUGCCCAGAAGGAGGAGUACUUCAGGAGGAGGUUCAGUGAUGAAGAGCUGUUCAGCAGAAUCAUCUCCCACAUCAAGACCUCCAGGAGCCUCCGCAUCAUGUGUGGAAUCCCGAUCUUCUGCUGGAUCACUGCUACAGUUCUGGAGAACAUGUUGACCUCAGAGCAGAGAGGAGAGCUGCCCAAGACCAUGACUGACAUGUACUCACACUUUCUGCUGGUCCAGACAAAGAGGAAGAAUAACAAGUACCAUGGAGGACAUGAGACAAGCCCACAGGAGCUGAUGGAGGCUGACAGGGAAAUUGCCCUGAAGCUGGGGAGGCUGGCGUUUGAACAUCUGGAGAAAGGAAACAUCAUGUUCUACCAAGAAGACCUGGAGCAGUGUGGGCUGGAUGUCAAAGAGGCCUCGGUGUACUCAGGAGUUUGUACAGAGAUCUUCAAAAGAGAGAGUGUUAUCUUUCAUAAAUCAGUCUACUGCUUUGUUCACCUGAGCAUUCAGGAGUUUCUGGCUGCAGUCUACAUGUUUCACUGUUUCACUAGCAGAAACUCCAAGGUGGUGAAGACGUUCCUGGGAAAAACAUACAGGGAAAAAUCUCUGGAGGACUUUAUGAAAAAAGUCAUGGAGAAAUCUCUGAGAAGUAAAAAUGGCCACCUGGACCUGUUUGCUCGCUUCCUUCAUGGUCUCACGGUGGAGUCCAACCAGAGACUGUUAGGAGGCCUGCUGGGUCAGACAGAGAACAGUCCAGAAACCAUCCAGGGAAUCAUAGAUAAUCUGAAGAAAGGAAGAACACAUUCAUCUCCUGACAGAAGCAUCAACACCUUCCACUGUUUGAUGGAGAUGAAGGAUCUCUCGGUUUAUCAGGAGGCCCAACAGUUCCUGAAAUCGGAGAACAGAUCAGAGAAGAAUCUCUCUAUGAUCCAUUGUUCAGCUCUGGCCGACAUACUGCAGAUGUCAGAGAAGGUUCUGGAUGAGUUGGACCUGGAGACGUACAACACAUCAGUGGAGGGACAACGGAGACUGAUUCCAGUUGUGAGGAACUGCAGAAAGGCUCGAUUUGGCAGCAUUAAGUUAUCUGAUGAUGAAUGUGCAGUUGUGGCGUCAGCUCUGAAGUCCAACCUUCAUCUGACUGAACUGGAAAUAAGAAAGAUCAUCAAACUGAAAGACCCUGGAAUGAAGCAUCUGUGUGAAAUCCUGGAGAAUCCAGUCAGCAUAGUGAAGAGUCUGGGAUUGAAGAGCUGCAGUUUGUCAGAGGUCAGCUGGUCAUCUCUGGCCUCAGCUCUGAAGUUCAACUCUUCCCAUCUGACUGCACUGGACCUGUAUGAAAACAAUCUGAAAGAUGCUGGAGUGAAGGAGCUGUGUGCUUUUCUACAGAAUCCAGAAUGUAAACUACAAAAACUGAAAUUGGAGCACUGCAGUUUGUCAGAGAUCGGCUGUGAUUAUCUGGCCUCAGCUCUGAAGUCCAACCCCUCCCAUCUGACUGAACUGAAUAUGAGCCACAAUAACCUGAAAGAUGCUGGAGUGAAGCAGCUCUGUGGUUUUCUGCAGAAUCCAGAAUGUAAACUACAUGUAUUAAUAUUCUGGGACUGCAGGCUAUCGGAGAUCAGCUGUGAUUAUCUGGUCUCCGCUCUGAAGUCCAACCCCUCCCAUCUGACUGGACUGGAGCUGGGCCAGAACAGAGAGCUGAAAGAUGCUGGAGUGAAGCAGCUCUGUGGUUUUCUGCAGAAUCCAGGAUGUAAACUAGAGAAACUGAGAUUGGAGCGCUGCAGUUUGUCAAAGAUCAGCUGUGAUUGUCUGGCCUCCGCUCUGAAGUCCAGCCCCUCCCAUCUGACCGGACUGUACCUGGAAGGAAACGGCCUGAAGGAUUCAGAUGUUGAGCAGCUGAAGGAUCUUGUAAAGGAUGUAUGGUUGAAAUGGUCAGAUUGAUCUCUGUAGAGAAUUGUCUUGGUUUCCUGCUGAUCCUCUGAGUUUGAAGCUGCAACAGUUUGAGUCUUUCUAGACUCAAACUGACUGGAUUAUGAUCAUGACCUUUGACCUGAACCAGAGGUGGGACCAAGCCAGUGUUCUGUCAGUCUCAAGUCGAGACAGGCAAAAGUUGAACCAAGUCCCAAGUCUGAAACUUGUAAUUUCAUGUCCAUUUGAGUCUUUUUUUUAAAACAAUGUUACAAUUAUAUGUUAAAUGUAAAUGAUAUACCAAGUGUUCUUUUUUAAAAUCUAUAUUCUUUUAAAUCUUGAUAAACAUGUGCAGCUGAACACAAAGUAUAAAAACUAGUAGACUUAAUGCACUGACUGCAGUAAAAAAAAAUUCUAUUCAUUGUCAGUAACAUUUCCCGAUGUAGAAGUCUUUAAAUACACCAUCCAACCUCUGGUGGAACUGGACCUGGUUCAGCAUCAUGAUGGGUCAGAGAGAAACUCUCUUCUCUGAGUUCAGGGACAGAACCUGCUUUCUGAUCCGGAGCCCCGCUCACUAUCCACCGGCUAUCCUGAGCCAACAAGUGUUAAUUUGAUGCAGUUCACAUAGCAUCAAUUUAUCCGCUAUAUAAAUUGAUGCGGAUUUAUACAGUGUACAAAGCAUAGCAUAUAAGUGAAAGCUGCGCCUGUCAAUACGGAAUGAGAGAAAUGAAUUAAUGGGGCCCACUUUAUAAAUAUGUUUUAAGCUUUAGGGUUUUGGUAAAAAUAUCAAGUCUGUUCAAGUAAACAGGUUCAAGUCCAACUCAAGUCCCAAGUUAUUGGUGUCAAAGUCAAGUCUUAAUAUUAAUGACUCAAGUCCAAGUCAUGUGACUCGAGACCACACCUCUACCUGAAAGAUUUUCAUCCUGUUUGUUUUCUCAUGUCUGUUAUUUAGUGUCUGAUAUUGUUUGUCUCUUUGGAUCAAUAAAGAUCGAAUUCAAACUCUGA